AUGUACGCACUCGGUCUGGCGAGUGAGAACGUCACCAUGAUCAUUGGUCAGCCUGGGACAGCUCUCUGGCUGAUAUUCUGGGUAAUAUCGAACGUGUCGACUUCUUUCUACGCAAUUCCCUUGGCCCCCGGGUUCUUCAAAUUCGGAUACGCAUGGCCUUUGUACCAUAUCGUCAACGGCAGCCGGACCAUCUUGUUCGACACGUAUAGCCAGAUCGGGCUGAAUUUCGGAGUCCUUUUCGUCUGGUGCGCGGUCAACACGCUCUUAUUCCCCUUCUGUUGUGUGUUCAUGCGCUGGAAGACCAACAAGGAGUUGGCGCGGAAAGUGCCCCGAAGGACGAUCAAAUAUUUGGUUGAUGGGUAG